UGGGAGGAAUCGUGGCGUCAGCAGCUCGGAGCAAUCCUCCCUGGUCCUGCCCACUGGCUGUAUGGCUCUCUUUCACACACUUAGAGCUGUCGGGGACAGAAGCAGCUUUUAGUAACACAGCCCCCUUCGAUUCAAUUCAAGAAGUUACCCUGAGCAGCACAAGUGAUAAUGGACGGGCUGCAGCGACUGAAGGAGUUCAGUUUUUUACGUUGGCUGAGGGAAGGUCGCCAGUCUCGGAAAUUGAUCCUGUUCAUAGUGUUCGUGGCGCUGCUCCUUGAUAACAUGCUGCUGACCGUGGUGGUGCCCAUCAUUCCCAGUUACCUGUAUGCUCUUCAUCACCAACCACUGGAGGAAAGCCCCACUCAAACCCCUGGCGUGGUUUCCGCGACUCGAUUUCAGAAAAUCUUUUCCUACUAUGACAACUCGACAAUGAUCACCGAGCGGGAGAGCAGGCCGGGUGAUAUACAGCAGGCUUUCACAACAACACCCUCCUCAGUGACCAAUGCGACUGGGACAGCCGAUUCGAACAGCAGCUGUUUGAAGAAAGACAAGUACUUGCUGAAUGAAAAUGUCCAAGUUGGCUUGUUGUUUGCUUCAAAGGCCACUGUCCAACUGGUAACAAACCCCUUCAUAGGGCCCUUAACAAACAGGAUAGGAUAUCAAAUUCCAAUGUUUGCAGGGUUCAUCAUCAUGUUCAUAUCAACAGUUAUGUUUGCUUUCUCAAAGAGUUACGUUUUACUGUUCUUAGCCAGAUCUCUGCAGGGUAUCGGCUCAUCCUGUUCCUCUGUGGCAGGUAUGGGGAUGCUGGCCAGUGUUUAUACUAAUGAUGAAGAAAGGGGUAAUGCAAUGGGUAUCGCAUUAGGAGGUCUUGCAAUGGGGGUUUUGGUGGGCCCACCCUUUGGCAGUGUCAUGUAUGAAUUUGUGGGGAAGACUGCUCCCUUCUUGAUUCUGUCAGCGCUGGCCCUUCUGGAUGGAGCCCUACAGCUAUUUAUCCUCCAGCCAUCCAAAGCACAACCAGAAAGCCAUAAGGGGAGCUCUCUGUUUGCACUUUUACGUGAUCCUUAUAUAUUGAUUGCUGCAGGAGCUAUAUGCUUUGCAAACAUGGGUAUUGCAAUGCUAGAACCAGCCUUGCCCAUAUGGAUGAUGGAGACCAUGUGCUCUGCAAAAUGGCAACUGGGCAUUGCUUUUGUUCCAGCAAGUGUCUCAUAUCUAAUUGGAACUAACAUCUUUGGAGUCCUUGCACACAAAAUGGGCAGGUGGCUGUGUUCUCUUUUGGGGAUGAUAAUCGUUGGAAUAAGCAUUGUUUGCGUACCACUUGCUAAAAAUAUAUAUGGACUUAUCGUACCAAACUUUGGAGUUGGUUUUGCCAUAGGAAUGGUAGAUUCUUCUAUGAUGCCUAUUAUGGGUUACUUAGUGGACUUGCGUCACGUCUCUGUCUAUGGAAGUGUUUAUGCAAUUGCAGAUGUGGCAUUUUGCAUGGGGUUUGCAUUAGGGCCUUCAACUGGUGGAGCCAUUGCUAAAACAAUAGGAUUCCCUUGGUUAAUGGUAAUUAUUGGUAUCAUUGACAUAAUAUAUGCUCCAUUAUGCUUUUUCCUUCGAAGCCCUCCUGCCAAGGAAGAAAAGAUGGCUAUUUUGAUGAAUCAAAAUUGCACUGUUAAAACCAAAAUGUACACAACUCAGGACCACUUUCAGAAGGCCCCUGUGGUUGAUGAUAAUGAGGAAGAGUCUGAGAGUGAUGAAUGAUUGCAGCCAUAUCAUAUUCUUUACAAUAUAUAUUUUCAUGUAUAGUAUGCAGUGCUUUGUGAACUGUCCUUGAAAAAAUGUCCUAAAUGUAGUAACACAUAUUCUAUAAUUUGUUGUUCAUUAAAACAUACCAAAGCUGUAACUUUAUUUACCCAUAUGAUCAUAGGGUAUGGGGGUAGGAAGCAUAAUGCUAGUGGAGUAAAAUUGAAUGCCAACAGCCUUAUCACAACAAUUGGAAUGUUUAUUCCAUUUUUAAAUUUUUAAUCAAUGAAUAGUUUUCAAAGCUUUUAUUAUUCAGUAUAUUUUAAACACAUGUAUUGGUGAGUGAGAACAAACCCAUGUGUAUGCACAUAUCAGAAUAUGAACAGUUAUUAUUGUACGUUUGCUUAAAGGUUUUUCCGCCUAUAUAUGAGAUUUUUAAAGAUUAAUACAUUUCUACAAAUUGGAUUUGUGGAUUGUGGACAAUUCAUUUUAUGUAAAAAUAAAAAUAUGGGAUGCCUUAGCAGAUAUAGUUUACCUGUAAUGUUUAUUUAUAAGUAGUCACAGGAAAGUUCACAAAUCAAGCAACUAGCUAUCCAAAAAAAAAUUGAUUAAUGAAAUUGAAACUUUAAUUGACAUUUAGCGAGAUGAAUAACAACAUUUCCCCCUUUCCGUAAAAGGCAUCAUACUCUUCACACUGAUAAAGUUGCACAUAGUGACUGAACAUUUGGUUGAAAUACAGAAAGCUUUUAGGGCACUAAAAUGCGAAAACCAUUAACUAGUUUGGAAAGCAAUCCUCAACAGCUUUUUCUAAAAUUUAUACAUGUUUACAUUGUGGCCAAUCUAUUUUCUGUUCUGUAACUCAUGUGCCUUUGUUAUAGAAGAUAUAUUUACAUGGAUUCGAUAUGUUGGUACACCUUUACUGAUUAAUGAUCCACGUAUGUCUGGUUACAAGUUAACUUCACAAAAUGUUCAGCCAUACAUACAAGCACCAUGAUGCACUACAGUUGAUGAAUAUUCAAAGACCAUGCUUUAAACUUUCCUCCGUGACUUGUUUCUGUCAACAUUGUUCAUGAAUACCUAAAAGUAGGCUUUUAUAAUUGGCUCUUAUUGCUUAGUGACAAGAUAUUUUAUGGUAAAGACAACAUGUCAUGUUCAUGCAAAUAUAAUCACGGUUCACAGACAGAUUGGACAGUUGGCCGCUUUGUGCACAAAGAUAGGAAAAUAAAAAUAAAUAUGUACAGAACCUCUCCUGCUAACCCAAAUGUUCCUAAUCUGCAAUCAGAUGUGUUAUGUGGGUGUGUGUUCCUUCAUUUCAUGGACAAAUGUAUGUAAUAAAAGUACUCUGAAUAAAAAUGGCAUUGGUUUAUUAA